AUGUUUACCGCCCCUAUCAAAGCUAACAGUUCCCGUGUCGGUGCCGCCGCUUCUGGCGCUGCUGCUUCCGCAAUUGGUGCCGUCAGACACAAGGUCUCUCUUCCAGACUUGGACUACGAGUUCGACGCCUUGGAGCCAUACAUCUCCGGUCAGAUUAACGAGAUCCACUACACCAAGCACCACCAGACUUACGUCACCGGCUACAACACUGCCAUUGAGCAAUUCGCCGAGGCCAAGCAGAAGGGUGAGGUGAAGAAGACCAUUGAGUUGCAAAAGCUCAUCAACUUCCACGGUGGUGGUUACACUAACCACUGCUUGUUCUGGAAGAACUUGGCUCCAAAGAGCCAGGGUGGUGGUGAGCCUCCAUCUGAGGACUCUGAGCUUGCCAAGAAAAUCAAGGAGCAAUACGGUACUCUUGAGAACUUGCAGAACAUCACCAACACCAAGUUGGCUGGUAUCCAGGGUUCCGGUUGGGCCUUCCUUGUCAAGAACAAGGAGAACGGUGGUCUGUUGGACGUUGUCACCACUGCUAACCAGGACACUGUCACUGGUUCAUUGGUGCCAUUGGUUGCCAUUGACGCUUGGGAGCACGCUUACUACUUGCAGUACCAGAACGUCAAGGCUGACUACUUCAAGGCUAUCUGGAACGUUGUCAACUGGAAGGAGGCCGAGAAGAGAUACGUUGUUAACUAA